UCAGUGUCGGUGCGAUUCUAAGCUUCACCUCAUCUACUUAGAAUUCUGAUCAUCGGGAAUCAUAAAAAUGCAGGACAACCGAUUUUUUAUCUUCGUGAUUCUUUUGGCAUUUUCUACGUCUCUUAAUCUUGCCAGAUGCUCGGUUGGCCAACACUACGAAUCCACCAGAGAGGGUCAAAAAUUAAAAAUCAACGAUAGACGUUCUGCUGGAUUGGUGGCGUAUCCAAGAAUCGGCCGAAAUUCGGAAGUGGCGAGCUUUCCUAGAGCUGAACGUGCUUUCGGAAUAAUACAUAAGCCCCGAGUCGGAAGAGCCGAUGAAUCGAGCUUGGACAAUUUAAACCGAUUUCACGAUUUACCGGCCGAUGUCGACAUGGGGUUCUACAUUACACGCGACAUGGAGCCUGAAGUUCUCUUAGAUCUCGAUUACGAAGACUACGCAGACAGACCGAUAGCAUUUAAACAUGCUGACAAAAUUCAGAAAGACGGUUCCUGGUUAAUACCCGAUCGCGUACACGGAUUCAAGGACCUUCGUUUACAAAAAGGCGAUGAUGCUCGAUCGUACUACUCUAUUUUGCGAGGUAUGAGUAAAGGUUCUCGAAAUAGUCAAGGUCAAGGAGGAUACACUCCGAGACUAGGUCGCGAGAACGAGCACGACGCUGCGAAUUUCCUGUAGCUUGCCCAUCUUUGAUCACGAUUCGCGUCUCCGCGAAUUUGACGGAUAUUGACUCGAGGCAAAAGAAGGAACUCAAUGUCGAAAACGUCAGGAAUGUAACAUGCGGUGCUUUUGAUCGUUUUCCCUAUUUGCAUAGGCGACCCACCUUACCCUUGCACUUUGUACGCAAGUUAUGCAACACAAUACAUAAUCUGCACUUAAAUACUGCAGUUUAUAAUCUUACAUGCAAUCCUCUCGCCUUGUAUCGUCACGACAUAGCAAUUUCUCUGGCUCGAUCUUGAUGUGACUCGACAUGCUAUUUUAUCCGGAUCUCUAUUUCGAGGUAUACUCGAUCCAAUUUAAUGUUCGUUAAUUUUUAUACGAAAAUAACGGAGAGUAUAAAUAAAAGUUUGAUUUACAUCA